AUCACUUUCUCAAGUUUGUAGUUCAUAUAGUUGCAACAACCAAUCCAAACGCUGUAAUGGCCGCGGAGUAUUCCAAAGUCCUUGGAAAGGCCAUCACUGACUCAACUUUGGAAGGACUUCCAGAGCAUGUUGGAAAGACGAUCACGCAGAGAGAUCGAGCAAAGGCAGCGACCCGUCUAAGUAUAGGUGGUGGAGUGUUCACAGUGUGUCUAGUUCACAACCUCACCGGAGACACUGUGACCUAUGUUGGGUACCAUGUUUGGGACGUUCCCGAUGUGCAUCCUUCCUUCAAAGACAUUGAGAAUGGACAGACCGCUAUAUUCAUGCAGGGAAGAACCAAAGGCACUGCUGUUGUGUACCGUGGCAAGAAUGCCCAACGAGAUGAGUGCGACAUCAUGCUAGCUUGGUACAACGUGAGUUGGGAUGGAAAAGCAGUCAACAAGGUGUAUACUGAGAUUCACGAAGCUAAUCACUUCAACAAUGACACCGUUUGGGAUGCAAUUAAUAAACAAUUGGAUGUAUCUGCAGAAAACAACACUUCUGUAUGGAAUGGAUGUGUGUCAACUGCGUCAAUUAGCACUGGUGCCAGUCCUACCCUUAAUGCAUAUUUCACACUAGCAGAUGCAUGAUGCACGCAUGAGCUUGCUCUUUGAGUACAAGAGAAGCAAAUAUUUUCUAUAUAUAUAUAUAAUAAAUGUUUGUUUUACAUAUUGAAGUACUUCUUGCAUCCCACAUGUAUAUGUGGCACUGAUGAUGUACUCAUAUAUCAAUGUUACCGUGUGCAGAGUGGUUUGGAUGUAGAUGUUGUUGUGUGGAUCAUAUCAAGUGGUUUGGAUGUGGAUGCCAAAACAACUUGAUUUUCAUAAUAAAUAAUACUGUUUGC